UAAAAUUGGAGAGGAGCAGUCACCAGAAGACGCAGAGGAUGGCCCACCUGAGCUCCUGUUUAUCCAUGGAGGCCACACAGCCAAGAUCUCUGAUUUCUCCUGGAACCCCAACGAGCCCUGGGUCAUCUGCUCGGUCUCUGAAGACAACAUUAUGCAAGUCUGGCAAAUGGCUGAGAACAUCUACAACGAUGAAGAUCCGGAGGGUUCGACAGACCCUGAAGCUGCAACCUAACACCUCUGCUUGCUGUGUGUCUUAACCUACGACCUCAUCACAAACUGCCAAACUGUCACCCCCAGUAGUUUCAAGCAGCGACUUUUUCCCAUCCUUCUCUACUUUACUGGUGGGACACUAUAUUCCGUAAAUCACUGUAAAUACAAGAAAGAAUAAUCAUGUGUAACCCUGAUUCCACCUUUGGAAUACUCAAAAUGAACUUCAACUGAGUAAUUUAUUGCCGGAAGAAUCUCAUCCAUGUUUUUCGCAGUGCAUAUAAAAGUUAUAUUUUUGUAACCAAAUUGGCCCUCCCUUAUACACUGAAAUGUUUUAACCUUUGCUUUUUCAAUAAUAAAUAAAGUGAGUUUCCUGAACCUAAGGUGGUGAUCAAACUGACAGCCCCUACAACAAGCGGUAAUUUACAAUAACCUCCUGUUAAAGAGUCGAAACUGCACGUUUCAGCAAAAAACAUGUUUUCAAGUAAAAUGCAGUCUGGCUUUUUGACACCAUGCACAGCGUAGUGACAUUUACUGUGGCUUUGAUAGGUUGUUUGCAGGCUAGCAUGUUAUACUAAAAAUGUCUCAUUUUCUUUGCUGCAGUCUGGUCAUCACGUAAUUGUUCCGGACACCGAUUUUUCACACCAGCUGCUUCCGAAUGAAAUUACAAUUUUGGAGUGACUGCGUUUGAAAUGUCCCAUCUGUGCUCCCACCUCCCCUCCCCUUAGUCACACAAUAAUCCUUUCAAUGUUUUUCGUGAUAUAGAUUAGUGGUUGAACUUUUUCUAUGUUCAAUAUUUGUACAGUGAGUGCAUUCUUAAUAAAACGUGUUUUGUUAGUCUUUGGGUC